AUGUGCAGUGAUCCGGACCAGACCGAGUCCCUGAAUGUAUGUAAGCUAGCCUAGCGCCACCAACAACCACCACCGCCCGCGGAACACGCGCAAUUUCUCCCGGGUCCAGCCACCACAUUCCCUCGCAGAGGCGUCUUCCUCACCCCCAGCUCCAUAAUAGCCGGCCCCGAAGCUGAAGGUCAAGGUGGAGGCCGUUAUUUGACGUGAAAGGGUGUAGAUCUGUGCGCCUACAGAGAGAGACCUCAGCAACACAAGAUGGAGUGCCAGUGGAAACCCGACGAGCAGGGGCUUCAGCAGAUCCUACAGCUGCUCAAGGAGUCACAGUCCCCGGACACAUCAACGCAACGAUCCGUCCAACAAAAACUCGAGCAGCUCAAUCAAUACCCGGACUUCAACAACUACUUGAUAUUUGUGCUCACAAAACUAAAAACAGAAGAUGAACCCACUCGUUCUCUCAGUGGUCUCAUUUUGAAGAACAACGUUAAGGCCCAUUACCAGAACUUCCCAAACGGUGUGUCCGACUUCAUCAAAAACGAGUGUCUGCAGAGCAUUGGAGAUUCCUCGCCGCUCAUUAGAGCCACAGUGGGUAUUCUCAUCACAACUAUAGCCUCUAAAGGGGAGUUACAGAACUGGCCGGAGCUUCUGCCUAAACUUUGUUUACUGCUGGACUCGGAGGACUAUAACACUUGUGAAGGGGCUUUUGGUGCUCUGCAGAAGAUCUGUGAGGACUCUGCCGAGAUCCUAGACAGUGACAUGCUGGAACGGCCUCUCAACGUGAUGAUCCCCAAAUUCCUGCAGUUCUUCAAGCACAGUAGCCCCAAGAUCAGGUCUCAUGCCAUUGCCUGUGUGAACCAGUUCAUCAUCAGCAGAACGCAAGCCCUAAUGCUGCAUAUAGACCCCUUCAUUGAGAACUUGUUUGCACUGGCGGGUGAUGAGGAGCCAGAAGUGAGGAAGAAUGUGUGCAGAGCUUUAGUCAUGCUUUUAGAAGUUCGACUAGACCGUCUCCUUCCACAUAUGCACAACAUCAUCGAGUACAUGUUACAGAGGACGCAGGAUCAGGAUGAAAAUGUUGCUCUGGAGGCCUGCGAGUUUUGGCUCACACUCGCUGAACAGCCGGUGUGUAAGGAGGUUCUUUGUGGACAUCUGCCCAAAUUGACACCAGUUCUUGUGAAUGGAAUGAAAUACUCUGAGAUUGACAUAAUCCUGUUGAAGGGGGAUGUUGAGGAAGAUGAAGCAAUUCCAGACAACGAGCAGGACAUUCGGCCAAGAUUUCAUCGCUCGCGCACUGUUGCCCAACAACACGAGGGUGGAGACUCUAUUGAGGAAGAUGACGAUGAUGAAGAUGAUUUGGAUGAUGACGAAACCAUCUCAGACUGGAACUUGAGGAAAUGUUCAGCAGCUGCACUGGAUGUCCUGGCCAAUGUUUUCAGAGAUGAUUUGCUGCUUCAUAUACUUCCUCUGCUGAAAGAGCUGCUGUUCCACCCAGAGUGGCUUAUUAAAGAGUCCGGCAUACUUGUACUGGGGGCCAUUGCUGAAGGCUGUAUGCAGGGAAUGAUCCCCUACUUGCCGGAGUUGAUUCCUCAUCUGGUUCUCUGUCUGUCUGAUAAGAAAGCACUGGUUCGGUCCAUCACUUGCUGGACUCUGAGCCGCUACGCACACUGGGUUGUCAGUCAGCCUCCCGACACCUACCUCAAACCACUCAUGACUGAACUGCUCAAACGGAUACUCGACAGCAACAAGCGUGUCCAAGAGGCUGCCUGCAGUGCCUUUGCUACUCUUGAAGAGGAGGCUUGCACUGAGCUAGUGCCGUACCUCGCUUAUAUUUUGGACACGUUGGUCUUUGCUUUCAGUAAAUAUCAGCACAAAAACCUGCUCAUCCUCUAUGACGCCAUCGGCACUCUGGCUGACUCUGUGGGCCAUCAUCUCAACAAACCAGAAUAUAUUCAGAUGCUGAUGCCUCCAUUGAUACAAAAAUGGAACCAACUGAAAGAUGAAGAUAAAGAUCUCUUUCCCUUGCUAGAGUGUCUCUCAUCUGUGGCCACUGCUCUUCAGAGUGGCUUUCUGCCAUACUGUGAACCUGUAUAUCAACGCUGUGUCAACUUGGUGCAGAAAACACUGGCCCAGGCUGUGCUCCACCAGAAUCAGCCCGAGUAUUAUGAAGCUCCUGAUAAAGAUUUCAUGAUUGUGGCUCUGGAUCUGCUCAGUGGUUUAGCGGAGGGUCUCGGGGGGAACAUUGAACAGCUGGUUGCACGAAGCAACAUUCUCACACUUAUGUACCAGUGCAUGCAGGAUAAAAUGCCAGAGGUUCGGCAGAGUUCUUUCGCUCUGUUGGGAGAUUUAACCAAAGCCUGUUUCCAGCAUGUCAAACCUUGCAUCGCAAACUUCAUGCCUAUCUUGGGCACAAACCUGAACCCAGAAUUGAUAUCAGUCUGCAACAACGCAACAUGGGCCAUCGGAGAAAUCUCCAUUCAAAUGGGUUCUGAGAUGCAGCCGUACGUCCCGUUGGUUUUACAGCAGCUUGUGGAGAUUAUAAACAGACCCAACACACCCAAGACUCUGCUGGAGAACACAGCAAUAACAAUUGGUCGUCUUGGUUACGUUUGUCCUCAAGAGGUGGCACCCAUGCUACAGCAGUUUAUAAGACCCUGGUGCACCUCUCUUCGCAAUAUAAGAGACAAUGAAGAAAAAGACUCUGCGUUCAGAGGAAUCUGCACCAUGAUCACAGUCAACCCUGGUGGUGUUGUGCAGGACUUUAUAUUUUUCUGUGAUGCUGUUGCAUCCUGGAUGAACCCAAAAGACGAUCUUCGAGAAAUGUUCUAUAAGAUCUUGCAUGGUUUUAAGAACCAGGUGGGAGAUGAGAAUUGGAGACGCUUUUCUGACCAGUUUCCCCCUCCACUGAAAGAGAGACUUGCAGCUUUCUACGGGGUGUAGAUGUUGCCUGAUUGAAGAGCUUAUUCACUACGGGAGAGGAUGGGAACCUCUGAUACCCAGGGCAUCUGUUGCCCUUUACCUGGGGGGAAGGGUGAUCUAGCAGGGGUGGGAGUCAUACGGCCGACUGGACCCCUGUAGACCGGGUGGGAGGGAAGUGUUAGCUGAGGCGCAAGUCGACGACACCACGCCAAGCCAAACCAAAAUAGGGAGGAAAGCUUUUUCAUCAUGUCAUAACAAUCAGCCAUGAGGGUGAAAUUAAAAAAACAAAACAUUGUUAGCGGUCUUUCACCAAGGCACUUAAUGUAACAGGGACAUCCAGGGGUUUAAAAAAAAACUAAACAAAAUCAAUGACACGAAGAUAUCUUUAAAUUCUGUAGUGUUGCACUCCUGAUAUAGGAAAGUGCCUGGAGACGAGCUCCGAAAGCUUCAAAAAGCAGAGGUUUUGUUUCUUUAUUUUCAGGACUGUGUAGAGGGGGUGGGUGUGACAUAAAUCUCAACUGGACGCUAAGCAGAAGUCCUGUGCAUGGGGUGAUGUAGGGUUUAGCUCGACUGCAUGAAAGCGUGCAGACCAUGUUUUGUGUGCCAGCUAUGCACAGCAGUAGACAGUAAAUAUUAAAAGACAGUAAAACGCUAAAAACAUACCAUAUUUUAGGCACUCCGUCUAAAAGGUAACACAUCGUAAUUAGAAAUUUAAGUCCUCUUAUAUCAUCGAUAGAAAGGGUUUUCAUCUUUGCAAAUUUUUAGAUCGGCAGUGAUGCGAAGAUGAAGGAAUACAAAUCUGAAUGACUGCAUAACCUUUCAUUUUAUUUUCUUCUGAAAUUUCUCUUGGUAUAUUAAGUUAGCAUGCGCAGAGCAAGAGGAAAGGCUCGCAGUGAAAAUCCAAUCCGUCGAUUAAUACGAGGCUAUAAUACUCCAGAGUUUUCUGGUUUCCAGCAAAUCCGAAACAUGUUUGUUUUUAAGGCAUCGGCUAUUUGUUUUUGAUAAGUUUGCUCAGAGCAUGAUUUUGAAGAUGCUUGUAAUAUCUGUUUUGACUGAUCGGGUUAAUCUGGAUGUUUAGUUGUUUGAUUUGUGCAUGUUGGUGGCCCAGUGAGCAAUCCGUUUUUUAUUUUCUAGCCCCCCCCCCUCGUAUAGAAUAAUGCAUAUUUUUUUCCACACAUACGCAAUAGGUGGCGUGUUUUCCAUCUACAUAUUGCUUUUGUGACCGUUUAUAUUUAGUUUCGUUACCUCCUGCAUGAAGGUUAAUAAAAAACGUCCCGCGUUGUGUCGUUGUAUAAUCCUGGACCGUUCAGUGCUCGUGGAGGCAGUAUUCGUGUCCCUCAUGUGAACAGUAGCAAGCCUUAAAAUGCCUGAAUGUAUCCCGGAGUGUGAGGAUUUAGGCAUUAAGAAGUUUCGCAACUCGAGAUGGACAAAACUGCUGCUCUGGAUCGAAACUAUAGCCGAGAGAUUUUAAGGAUGGAAGUAGACAAGCGUUUUUAUCGUUUUAGAUCUGAACAUCGUGGGAUACGGUCAGGUGUUUGUGAGCCCGUGUUGUGCUGGUGUAUUUCCGCAAAGUGUUUUAAUUUUCUUCUGUUUGUCUGUCACAUUCCAGCUGUUUUACAUUUGUAACCAAUUAGAGAGGUUGGAGAUUCUUCUGACAAAAAAAAAAAUGAGAACAAACUAAGAAAGGAGAUGUAGGCAGAUAUUAUGAAUGUUAAGUGUCGUCUUACACUUAUGAAUGCUGCUAUGUGUUGUAAUUUUCUACUUGAAUAUUUUAUGUUGUAGCGACCUCAGGAGGUAUGUUUACUGUUGUUAUUUUUUUUCUUUGGUGUUUUUAUUAUUUUUUAACGUAUGCCUUUCCCCACUGUUUAGUCUCUCAUGUGUCAUAAUAACAAUAGUAAUAAUAAUAAUAAUAAUAAUAAUAAUAAUAAUAGAGCAACUCACUGUAAUUCAUUCUGCUGCUGGUGAAUAUACUUUCUAACGGGCAUAUUUUUUGUCACUUCGUCUCCUUUUAAAGGAAUGUAAAACUUUUUUUUUUAUUAAAGGAGAUAUAAUGUCUGAUAAAAGAUACUUGGAUAGCUUCAUGCGAGGAUAAAAUGGAAGAAACUGGCCCUUAUGUAUGUGAACACUUAUUUAUGAAAUAUGAAUGCAGUAUAUACUGUAACGCCUUGAAGUUAAACUUGAGUUUUUUGGGGGAUGGGGUAAACAAAAACGCAGCCAUUAGACUUGGAGAUUGCACAGUAAUGAAUCAACUUUAUUUUUCCUCUCGUUUUCUUUUUGUGGAGAUCAAAAUGUUGUGUCCCCGCCCCAGACUGCACCAACUGCUGUAUAAGUUAUAUGUGUGGAAAUUUAAGAUAAUGUAAUGAUGAAGGAAAACUUUGCUCAAAAGCUCCCUUUUUCUGGUCCGAGAGCUGUUUCAUUUAUAGUGAUUUUUGUUUUCUUUUGUAAUCUGAUUUUGGAGAAAGAUUAAAAAUAUAGAAAGUAAUCAUUUUUAGGGGCCACCAAAUAUUUUGGAUCAUGCAAAAGAAUAUAUAUUGUACUGUAGAAAUUUUGUAAUGAUAUUUGUAUGACAUUGUUAUGGACGUGAGUUUGUUUCACUGCUUGGAUCUGUACAUUGAUAAGAAUAAACCCUUUUCAAAAAUCA